CCAGAAUACCCAGAGCUGGGGUCAGAGCUCAAGCAGCGUCCAGGGACAGAACAGCUGCCUCUUAAACUCCUCUCUUCCACCUCGCUGCCUGAGAAGGGCCCCCGGGGCAGGGGGCAGGGGGCAGGGCCUGCGCUGCUGUCUGGCUAUCUGUUCGGGUGGAGCUUGUCGCAACACUGUUUACCCACCUUUGCCGCCCGAAGCCCCUCGGUAUGCAGUAGAUACAGAGUCAGCCCUGUGCUCGGAGGCCGCUGUGCUUUCCGCUCCAGACCGUCCGUCGCCCCACCUCGCCUCUGCACGCUGCUGCCCCGUGCUCUGUUCCCGGAGGGAGCCUCAGUCUGCCAAGGCCACCGACCCACCGCCGCAGCCAUGGUCCAUGGGUACAAAGGAGUCAAGUUCCAAAACUGGGCGAGGACCUACGGCUGUUGCCCAGAAAUGUACUACCAGCCCACGUCCGUGGAGGAGGUCAGAGAGGUGCUGGCCCUGGCCAGGCAGCAGAACAAGCGGGUGAAGGUGGUGGGAGGUGGCCACUCACCCUCGGACAUCGCCUGCACCGAUGGCUUCAUGAUCCACAUGGGCAAGAUGAACCGGGUUCUGCAGGUGGACACAGAGAAGAAGCAGGUGACUGUGGAGGCCGGCAUUCUCCUGUCUGACCUGCACCCACAGCUGGGCAAGCAUGGCCUGGCCUUGUCCAACCUGGGAGCUGUGUCAGAUGUGACUGCAGGGGGCGUCAUUGGGUCCGGAACGCACAACACAGGGAUCAAACAUGGCAUCCUACCCACCCUGGUGGUGGCGCUGACCCUGCUGACGGCUGAUGGGACCAUUCUUGAAUGCUCCGAGUCCAGCAACGCGGAGGUGUUCCAGGCCGCGCGGGUGCACCUGGGCUGCCUGGGAGUCAUCCUCACCAUCACCCUGCAGUGUGUGCCUCAGUUCCACUUGCAGGAGAUCUCCUUCCCCUCAACCCUGGAUGAGGUUCUCGACAACCUGGACAGCCACCUGAAGAAAUCUGAAUACUUCCGCUUCCUCUGGUUCCCGCACAGCGAGAACGUCAGCGUCAUCUACCAGGACCACACCAACAAGCCCCCCUCCUCUUCAGCCAACUGGUUUUGGGACUAUGCCAUUGGAUUUUAUUUACUGGAGUUCCUGCUCUGGAUCAGUUCCUUCCUGCCAGGCCUCGUGGGCUGGAUCAAUCGCUUCUUCUUCUGGCUCCUGUUCACGAGGAAGAGGGAAAGCAGCAACCUCAGCCACGAGAUCUUCACCUAUGAGUGCCGCUUCAAGCAGCACGUCCAGGACUGGGCCAUCCCCAGAGAGAAGACCAAGGAGGCGUUGCUGGAACUGAAGGCCGUGCUGGAGACCCACCCCAAGAUGGUGGCCCACUUUCCCGUGGAGGUGCGCUUCGCCCGGGGGGAUGAUAUCCUGCUGAGCCCCUGCUUCCAGAGGGACAGCUGCUACAUGAACAUCAUCAUGUACAGGCCCUAUGGCAAGGACAUACCACGGCUGGACUACUGGCUGGCCUACGAGACCAUCAUGAAGAAGGUCGGGGGCAGGCCCCACUGGGCCAAGGCCCACAACUGUACCCGGAAGGACUUUGAGAAAAUGUAUCCAGCCUUUUCAAAGUUCUGUGCCAUCCGAGAAAAGCUGGACCCUACUGGGAUGUUCCUGAAUGCAUAUCUGGAGAAGGUGUUCUACUGAAGCAGAAACAGAAUAAAUUGAGCGAACCCCAUUCCAUCCCUCAGGUCCACCUCCAGGAGGUUGAAGGUUCAAUGUCCCCACUGGCCCAAUGGGGAGCAGACCUCUUUCCGCGGGCCCUCUGCCACGGCACCCACAGCUGCUCCCACCCACAGCCGUGAGCCUGGAUCUAGGCAGGGCUCCCCACUCUCUUCCUUCCUUUAUCCCAGCAACAACCCCAUGCAAGGAAGAGCACCCACAUCUCUACAUCUCCUUGCGGCAGCCCCCUUCCCCGAACCUACAGUCACCACAUUCUUUCCCAGGAAAUAGAGAAACCCUGAAAUGUUAUGUUUCUUGAAGAGGGCAGGCCUUCGGUCAUUCACAGCUUCCACCUGCCGGCUAGUUGUCUGUGACUCCAGGGCCCCCGUUAACAUGUAUCUGGGCACAGCAGUCCUGUGUACUGUGUCCUGCCUCCUGUCACCCUUGAGGGUUUUUCAGAUGCCCAGGUGCGUGCCCACCUGCCCUGGGACUGCCCUCUCCCAGUUUCUCCCUGUCCCCCUGACCUCCCAUCACCUGACCUUCAAGCAUGGCUGCUUCAGGGGAUGUUUGGGGAGUGGGACUCUCCUUGCCUUCUUUUAAAUAAAGACCAAGAAUUGA